AUGUCCUCGUUCCUUCUCCUUCCGUUUUCUCUCUCUCCGCCCCUUCCCCUCCUACUCCUUUUCUCUCCUCCUACUCUUUUUCUCUCUGCCUCCGAGUUCUUCCAUAGAGUCGGCCACAUUAAAGCCACCGAUCAAUCUCUCGUAUUCAUGGCGGUCCGUUUGCGAAAUUCGAAUCAGCGGAAGCUUUCCAUGCUUUCCCCCCCACGACAAGCUCGGCAAUGA